AUGCACGGCUACUACCUAGGAGGAAAGCACCAGGUGCAAAAAGAAGAAGUUUUGGACCACCUGGCAAACUCGGUGGAGCUGGACAGCAUUCUCGAUGGAAUUGCUUUCGAUCGUGGAUUGCAGCAGGAAGCUUGGGACGAGGAAGAGAUCCGCAACGAGAUUUCGGACUGGGCUACCAGCCGCACGACGCUGAACAGAGGUGCCCUGGUGACCAGGAGAAACGACUUCUCCUGGACCAUCAAUGCGCUGGUUACGAAUGAGUUCGUCAACAAUGGGCUGACGGACCCCGACGAUGGCGAUGCAGAUGAAGAGGCAGCCCGCGAUGCAGACGGGCAGCGUGCGGCAGUGGAAGGUGGCAGCAAGCCGGAGCCGCAGAACGCCAAGGAGUUCAAUGCUCUACGUGAAGAGUAUCGCAACAGUUGGGGCAUGGCUGCAGAUUUCCUGCUUGACAGAGAUCUACAAAAGAGGCUCCGUGUGAUCUACCUGACAUUGGCUCCGCUCGAAAGAGAAUACUACGAUGAUGUGAAGAAGCAGCAGAAGGGUCAAAAGGAGCUUGCACGGUGGGCUGCGCAUCGUGCGGCAGGUGACUCAACUGUGGUCGCUGAGACCCUGCAGCUGCUGCACAACCCGGUGCUUUUCGAGCAGCUGUCCAUGGCCAGCAGUGACGAAAACGACGCCUCACUUGAGGAUCCCUGGGUCAAGGAGGAAGCGGCACUGUGCGACAUGGUGUUCGACAUGGUGACGGAGGUGGCUGCUGCACGAGUCUGGAGCCAAGCCAUGUUCCGGGUGAUGAUGCCGCAGCUUUGUGCCGGGGUUCUACACGAAGAUGCCGCCGUGGCCACCAGGCUGUGCAACUUCAUGAACCGCCUCACAGAAGCCGCGCUAGAGGCUGAAAAGGUCGUGGGGAACCAGGCGCUCACAGCUUGUCUCAACGACAUGGCCUGGAACCAGAGCCAGGCAGCCAGAGAGCUCAUGAAGAUUGGGAAGGACUGCCAAUGGACGCCCGCCGACAACACCCUCGUCGAGUUUGCCUUUCGGCUGUAUGCCGGCCCGCACAGCACCAAGUUCAUCCUCGAAGAUCAGUUCAAUCACCUGCAGCACCUCUCCCGGCUGCAAACGAAGGGGCGCAGCCACAUGGCCAAGCCAAGCCAGUACUUCUACACCGCAACAUCGCCAAUACUGUCUACCGCACAUCUUCCCGGUCCGAAGGUCGCCUUUGCAUCCUUCCAGCAAUGCCUUCAGGUUGCCGGUCGAAGGAGAUCAGACAUGGAGGCGAAACAGAAGCAGCUGGCGCUCUACAAGCCCGGACAGCACAAAGUGCCAGAGGCACUGGGGACCAAGAAGCAGAUCUUAGGACUGACGCGAACGUGGAAGGCAGCCGGCUACCGCAGCAAUCGUGUCGCCGCAGCCGCGACUAUGCUGGUGUUGACCGGGCAGCAGAACAGCUGGCAGCACAUUGCGCGCGCGUGGUCUGGCUGCCUAUUCAUGAAGGGCAAGAUUUUCCACAACACCGAGCAGGACUCUUACGUCCUCUCCUUGGGUUUCUUCUCCUGGGGUGCCCAAGCAGCCAAGUUGGACUACUUCGUCUUCACCGCCGACACCAAGACAAGAUGGGUAUUCAACUUCAGCCUGGCAGAGAGCAUUUGGCAGGCAGUGCCGUUUCGUGUGCUGCCGCCGUGCUGCAACCGGAACAGCAGCAAGGGGGCAACUCUUAUGCGGACUGGGGCCAACGAAGACUUGUUGGCGCAUGGUGUCAGGCACGGCAUUUUCUUGACUGUGCCGGAGCUGAAGCAAAUCUACCUGGCCAACAGAUGGCCCUUUCCGGGCAGCCGGAAACCCGACUUCGUUCAGGACCUCAUCCAGCGCUUGCAUCCCGGCGCAAGCGAAGAGAUGCGUGAGGCCAUGACGGCAGGUCUCAUGGGAGCGGCUGCGCGCAAGCGGAAGGUCAGAACAACUACUACUGAAGCUGUUGAUCAGGACGAGUGCCCGGAAGAGCUCUUGGAAGUCAUAUCCGGACUGGAUCCGGAGAACGCAGACGCGGCGAAAGGAGUGCGAAAAGCUUGCGUGGAACAGCUUCUGGAGCGACAGAAGCAGCGGCUCAAGGAAGAGCUCAAGCCAGGUCGAUCUGAUCCAGCGGCUACCGAACGGACUUCGCAUGGUCAGGGAGGCUGGCAAAAACAGAACUUCACACCUCCAGAGCUGCGUGACUUGCUGCCGCCAACGACCAAGACAUGCUGGAUCAAGCGACAGAUCGGUGCCAAGCAGUACGCUGGUUUCUAUGACCGUGCCCAGUCCAUACUAGUAGUAAGCAGUUUUGACAAUACCUUGUUUUCCCUGAUGUUCCUGGGCUUCCCAAACGAAACCCAAUAA